AUGACUAUAAAAAAUAAAAAGACUAAGCAAUCAAAUGCUACGGAAGUGUCAACAUCUAAAAGUGCGUCGAGUAGUGUUCAGAAAUCAAGCACGUCGACGUCUGUGCAGAAAUCAAGCAAUACCUUACAGAAGGUCAGCUCGGGUAAGAAGGUCCGCUAUAUUGACGUUAAGGUCGAAGAGGACGACCCUCUUAUGAUUACUGAUAUCACCGAUCAUGCAUCUACCAGCGGUUCCAUUAUAUCAGAACACUACAACAGCCACCCGCACUACAUAAUAACGGAGGCACCAUCGAUUUCCGACUUAUCACAAGUAAGAUCUCAUGAACAUAACGUAAGCGUAAGCGACAUGGCGCAAGUACACACAGGUGAGUUUGUUUCGACUUCUGAGUUACAAGAGUCUUCUUCAUCUCACCAACAAAGCUCUAGAAGUGAAACUCAUCAAACUUCAUCAACAUCUGUGCAACGCUCUGCUUCUAGCCACAGCCAGACAUUUGAUUCUACUGUUGACAACCAAACGCUUAAUACCGCAUUUAUAGACAGCUCCUCACAAAAUGUAACGAGAUCUAGUAACAUCAGUAACAACAGUUUCUUGUCUAAAUCCCAAGGAGCAAGUGCUACAGAAUCUUUUAUUGAAUCGGAAAAAAUGAAUCUGAUGAACACUCAUCAAGGAAGAAGACAAUUUCAUUCCAAUCGUGACAAUGUUGCAAAUAAAAUUACUUCGUCCUCAUUUGAUUCAAAAAAUAUGAAUAUUCGCGAGAAUGAACGUUAUAAUUCGCCUGACUCUCGAAGGGCACAGACUGUUAAGUCUAACAGUUCAAAUUUUUAUGAAGGUCAAGGUACACUUGAUAACAAUGUUAAGUCGACAGAGUUUAGUACGACGUCUCAUUCCAGUGAGACUAAAAGUAGUAACGUGACAAAGUCCUCAUCGUCAUCCUAUGUUGUUGAAAUUGUUGAUGGAAAAGAAAGGAUAAUUGACAGUUCUAAAAGAGAGUGGGGUGAUGCCCAAGAACACGCGUCGAAAGAGGAUUAUGCUAGUAUAAGCGGUACUAAUAUCAAGCCGGAGAGUGCAUAUAGUGUUCAAAAUUAUGAUAUGAAAUCAAAAUACGAUACUGGAAAACCUGGAGCAAAACCUACGAGUGAAAAGACCGUUAAAGAAAACUCUAAAUUUGUUAAGGAUGGAACUCAGAUCACGAGUCAUGAAAGCCUUAUUUCUCACAAAGAUAAUGCAAUACAACAGCAGCAUAGCUCAACUACUCACGAGCAAUUAACUGCUAGAGAUAAUAUUCAGUCAGAUAGCGUGGAUAGGAGACACAUUUCUUUCCGUGACAACUCUCAUUCCGAUAUAUCCAACCAGCAUCAACAAAUUAUUUCAAAUGAAAAUCAACAGACUGACACUAUUGACAGGAGUCAGACAGUUUCAGAGAGUCGAGAAAUUAACACUCAGUCUAUGGAAAGUCAGAUAAAUAUAAGCAGCAAAGUAACAAGUGAAAAUACUGUAAACACUAGACGUGAUAUGAAUAAGACGGAUUCCUCAAAUUUCUAUGGAUAUGACUCAACAAUACAAAAUCAAUUGAAAAAAGUAGGAGAUAUUUUACAAAUCAGGGACACGGAAAACCUCAACUAUUCCACUAAAAUAUUAAAAAGUAAUACGAGCAGUGCACACCAAGAAUCUACAUCGUCCUAUGUCUUCGAGGUUGUGGAUGGGAAGCAAAGAAUUGUUGAUAGCUCUCACAGAGAAUGGGGUGAUAGUAAAGAUCAUUCAACACAUGAAAAAAGCCACUACAUAAGUGGAACAAACAUUGAACCACAGCAUGAAUACACCCGACAUGUUCUUGACAAAGAAGCAUUUUAUGACACUGGAAAGGAUGGAGUUCCUAAAAGUGGUUCAUACGUAACAGAAGAAUCUGCUUUAUAUAAGAAUGGAAAAGAGAUAGCAUCAACUAGCAACACAUACGGUGGUGAUUUUACAAGAAAACCUGCUAUAACCGAGCAUCCUACCGACGGGACUGAUGUCUAUGAUCAACAAAUACAACAACAACAAAAGACAACAACAACACAAGAACAAAAUCUCCAGUCUAGUACAAAUAUAACUAAAUCAACAGAUUCUCAAACACAUAUUAAGGAUUCAGAGACCGUAAAACAAAGCACCGAUUUUAUAACGAAAGAAAAACAAAAUCUUACAAAAGAAACAACAUCGUCCACUUCUCAAUCCAAGGACACUCUGACAACGUAUGAAAGGAGCACCGGUACUUGGAAUGGUAAAUUUAUUUAUGAAAAUGAAGACGACAGACCGAAGCGCCCCAAACAAAUGUCGCCUUUCGGGAAACCCGAGCAACCAAGACAUCACUUAAAGAGGCAAGAUACUGAAGAAAAUAUCAUUUUAUCAUCACGAGACAUUAAAGAUUUCACUUCCAUAAGUGACCUCAGAAAAAUAAUUGAAACUUCACAGUCGAAUAAAGACGUCAAAGUAAGCAAUAAGAAUAUUGUUAUCAGAAGAAAUAUUGAUGACAAAGUUUUAAAAGAAAUUAUUGAAACUGUUAAGAAAUAUCCCUUCAAACGGAUAGAUAAAGUUACUUUCGGUACUAAAAUUAAUGAGGACGUCAAAGAUUUAUACGAAGGCAUCGACACGGAAGAAACAACUGUUAUGCACACCACAACAGACGGUGCAUUAAAGAAGUCAUUCGACAUUGAGAAGACCAGGAGUCAAAUUGAAGUGACGCGAUACAUAACUGAAAAUGGUGUAACCAGAAAAGAAACAACUUAUGAAGAUGCAAAAGAAGACGAGAAGAUUAAGACAGACGUUUUUGUUGACAACAGCGCGUUAGACAUCAGAAACUUGAAGGAUGUCCGCACUACGAAAGAUAUACGCGAAUACGACGUGGUUGACCGAGCUAUAACGGACACUACGAGAGAGGAUACUGUCAUCAGCACCGUCUACGAUGAACAUAUCAUAGAUGACAGAAAAACAGUGCGAGAUGACAGGACCACCAUCGAAGAAACUGUUCGUCGGGAUGAGACCAGGCCAAAACACGGUGGCCCCAAAAAACCUGAGAAAAUCAUAGAAAAGGAACAGUGCAUCUGUGAAAUCUGCACUUGUGGGUGA